ACAAUGCGGGCAUGUCAGCAUCACCAGCCCCCUUCACCCCUUCCUCCCGCUCUCGCCUCUCACCCCGUCUUCCCCCUUCCCCUUACUCCAGUACCUCCCUCCCCACCCCACACCAGACAAUGCCGGCCUGUCAGCAUCGCCAGCCCCCAUCACCCCUUCCCCUCUUUUCCUCCCCCCCUCCUCCUCACCCCGCCUUGCGCCAUUCCCCAACCCCCUCACCUCCCUCCCCCCCUCUUCACCAGACAAUGCCAGCCUGUCAGCAUUGCCAGCCCCCAUCACUCCCCUCCGCGUCCCGCCCGCCUCCCCCAUGGGUUUCUCAAACCCCGGGGCAGGAGGGGGGCCAGGAACGCCAGGAGGGGGAGGACUGGGAGGUGGGGGCUUAGACAAUGCCGGGCUGUCAGCGUCACCAGCCCCGAUCACCCCUCUCCGUGUGCCACCCGCCUCCCCCAUGGGUUUCCUAAACCCUGGGCAAGGAGGGGGUCCAGGAACAUCAGGAGGGGGGGGACUGGGAGGCGGGGGAUUAGGCACACCCGGUGCACUGGGUGCACUCGCCAUGCGUCGCGCUGCUGGCCCCUCCUCCUUGACACUCCCUCCUUCCCCCUUUUAUUUAUUCUUUCACCCCCCACUCCCCCACCCCACACCAGACAAUGCGGGGCUGUCAGCGUCACCAGCCCCGAUCACCCCUCUCCGCGUGCCACCCGCCUCCCCCAUGGGUUUCCUAAACCCUGGGCAAGGAGGGGGCCCAGGAACAUCAGGAGGGGGAGGACUGGGAGGCGGGGGAUUAGGCACACCCGGUGCACUGGGUGCACUCGCCAUGCGUCGCGCUGCUGGCCCUCCCUCCCCUGCCGGGCCCACGGCCGCCGCAGCUGCCUGUGGGUAA